AGAACUUUUCAUAGUGAAAGAUGUGGAGACUUAAGUUGGGAAAGGGAGAAAAUGAGGAAUAUUUAUUAAGUACAAACAACUUCAUUGGAAGGCAAACAUGGGAAUAUGAUCCUGAUGCAGGCACACCUCAGGAACGAGCUCAAGUUGAAGCUGCACGUCAAAGUUUCUACCACAAUCGAAAUCAUGUCCAAUGUAAUAGUGACUUGCUUUGGCGAUUUCAGUUUCUAAGAGAGAGAAAUUUCAAACAAACAAUUCCAAAAGUGGUUGUGGAAGAAGGAAAUGAAAGUGGGAAGAAGGAAGUAAUCAUAAAGAAGGAAACCGUAAAGAUUGCAUUAAGAAGAGCUGCAACUUUCUUUGUAGCCUUACAAAGCGACCAUGGCCAUUGGCCUGCAGAAAAUGGUGGCCUUUUGUUCACUUUACCUCCUCUAGUAUUUGCGUUGUACAUCACAGGACAUCUUAAUAAAAUACUUUCAGAAGAGCAUCAAAAGGAAAUCCUUCGUUGGAUAUAUUGUCAUCAGAAUGAAGAUGGCGGAUGGGGAUUAAACAUUGUGGGAGAAAGUUGCAUGUUAUGCACCACUCUAAACUACACUGCGUUGCGUUUGCUUGGGGAAGGAGCUGACAAGGAUGGCUGUAGUAGAGCUAGAAAUUGGAUUCUAGAUCAUGGAGGUGCUCUCUACACACCUUCUUGGGGAAAGAUUUGGUUUGCGGUGAUUCCAGAGCUAUAUGAUCAAGUAUUGAGUGUAGUUGAAGUCCAAGGCUGCCAGGAGGAAUCUCCUCAGGAUUUGAGUACGAGUUUGAAGAAAACUUCAAGAAGGUCAAGUGAUCGGAUGAAUCUAAGCCAAUGGUGA